CGCCCCCUUGCACUUCCGUGUGCCGCGGCGCCAGAGCAGGAGGCGGCGGCUGCGGGAUCCCCCGAGCGGCCCCUGGACAUCUACCCUCCGUGCCGGGACCCGGGCGGUCCUCACUGGCCGCCGGUCCUGUCCUGAUCAGACCCGUGCCGACCUCCCCGUCCACGCGCAUCCGGGAGAGCCGCGCCACUAGACAGACCCCGGCCCGGCCCGCCGGGACCCCUGGCGCCUGGCCCUGUGUCGAGAGUUUCACUGCAGGCUUCACCAUGGCGCCAUUCCUGCGCAUUUCCUUCAAUUCCUACGAGCUGGGCUCCCUGCAGGCCGAGGACGAGGCAAGCCAGCCGUUCUGUGCUGUGAAGAUGAAGGAGGCGCUCAGUACAGAGCGAGGGAAGACCCUGGUACAGAAGAAGCCCACCAUGUACCCCGAGUGGAAGACAACCUUCGACGCCCACAUCUAUGAAGGCCGUGUCAUCCAGAUCGUGCUGAUGCGGGCGGCUGAAGACCCCAUGUCUGAGGUGACUGUGGGUGUGUCAGUGCUGGCCGAGCGCUGCAAGAAGAACAAUGGCAAGGCUGAGUUCUGGCUGGACCUGCAGCCUCAGGCCAAGGUGCUGAUGUCUGUGCAGUAUUUCCUAGAGGAUGGCGAUUGCAAACAGUCUAUGCGUAGUGAGGAGGAGGCCAAGUUCCCAACCAUGAACCGCCGUGGAGCCAUUAAGCAGGCUAAAAUCCACUACAUCAAGAACCACGAGUUCAUUGCCACCUUCUUUGGGCAGCCCACCUUCUGUUCUGUGUGCAAAGAGUUUGUCUGGGGCCUCAACAAGCAAGGCUACAAAUGCAGGCAAUGCAAUGCUGCCAUCCACAAGAAAUGCAUUGACAAGAUCAUCGGCCGCUGCACUGGCACUGCUGCCAAUAGCCGGGACACCAUUUUCCAGAAAGAACGCUUCAACAUUGACAUGCCACACCGGUUCAAGGUUUACAACUACAUGAGCCCCACCUUCUGUGACCACUGCGGCAGUUUGCUCUGGGGCCUGGUGAAGCAGGGGUUAAAGUGUGAAGACUGUGGCAUGAAUGUGCACCACAAAUGCCGGGAGAAGGUGGCCAACCUGUGUGGUAUCAACCAGAAGCUCCUGGCUGAGGCCUUGAACCAAGUGAGCCAGAGAUCUUUGCGGAAGCUGGACUCGGGAUCUUCAGAGAAUGUCGGAAUAUACCAGGGAUUCGAGAAGAAGGCAGGGAUCUCUGGGGACGACAUUCCAGACAACAACGGGACCUAUGGCAAGAUCUGGGAAGGCAGCACCCGGUGCAGCAUUGAGAACUUCACCUUCCACAAAGUGCUGGGCAAAGGCAGCUUUGGCAAGGUACUGCUUGCAGAGCUGAAGGGCAAAGAUCAGUUCUUUGCAGUCAAGUACCUGAAAAAGGACGUGGUGUUGAUCGACGAUGACGUGGAGUGCACCAUGGUGGAAAAGCGGGUGCUGGCGCUCGCCUGGGAGAAUCCCUUUCUCACCCACCUCAUCUGUACCUUCCAGACCAAGGACCACCUGUUCUUCGUGAUGGAGUUUCUUAAUGGAGGUGACCUCAUGUACCACAUUCAGGACAAAGGCCGCUUCGAGCUCUACAGGGCUACGUUUUAUGCAGCUGAGAUCAUCUGUGGGCUGCAGUUUCUACACAGCAAAGGCAUCAUUUACAGGGACCUCAAGCUGGACAAUGUCAUGCUGGACCGGGAUGGCCACAUCAAGAUCGCUGAUUUUGGUAUGUGCAAAGAGAAUAUAUUUGGGGAGAACCGGGCCAGCACGUUCUGCGGCACCCCCGACUACAUCGCCCCUGAGAUCCUACAGGGCCUGAAGUACACAUUCUCCGUGGACUGGUGGUCCUUUGGGGUCCUGCUCUAUGAGAUGCUCAUUGGCCAGUCCCCCUUCCAUGGUGAUGAUGAGGAUGAACUCUUUGAGUCUAUUCGGGUGGACACACCGCACUAUCCUCGUUGGAUCACCAAGGAGUCCAAGGACAUCAUGGAGAAGCUGUUCGAGAGGGAGCCUGUCAAGAGGCUGGGAAUGACAGGAAACAUCAGGAUUCACCCCUUUUUCAAGACUAUCAACUGGCCACUACUGGAGAAGCGGAAGGUGGAGCCGCCCUUUAAGCCCAAAGUGAAAUCCCCUGCAGACUAUAGCAACUUUGACCAAGAGUUCCUGAGUGAGAAGCCCCGCCUUUCCUACAGUGACAAGAACCUCAUCGACUCUAUGGACCAGGCAGCCUUCCAUGGCUUCUCCUUUGUGAACCCCAAAUUUGAGCAGCUCCUGGACAAGUGAGCUCCCAGACCUGCUUUAAAGGCGCCAGCAGAGCAGGCCGGUGUGCCCUGGUUUGCGUCCGCACUGCCCCUGGAGAACAGCGGGUGACUGGGUGAUUUCUGCUGCUGCCCCCUUCAUCCUCAGAGGGUUCAGCUCCUGUUGGCGGGGCUCACAGUGCUUCCUCUGUGAACUGUUUGUGAAUUUGCUUUCCCUUUGCCAUCAGAGGGGAACUGUAAAUCCUGUGUUUCAUUACUUGAAUGUAGUUAUUGAAAUAUAUAUUAUAUAUAUGCACAUAUAUAUAAUAGGCUGUAUAUAUUGCUCAGUAUAGAAAGCAUGUAGGGGACUGGUAUGUGUUGACCUUUUUUUU